AUGACUCCUGUAUUUUCUGAACCAAUAUCGUCGUCAGACUUUUCAAAUCUCUCUACGUCGUUUCCUCCUGGUAGUAUUAGUGUUCUGCAGCUAUUGCCUCAUUUGGGAGGCGGUUGCAUUUCUAUAUCUAAUAGUCCUAGCAAUGCUUCUAGUGGUUGUGUUCCUGCGGCUAUUUAUAGUACUAUUACUGCUUCUACUGCAACAUCUACUACUUCUUCGGCUAAGACGUUUGUAUCCAGUCAUUCGGCCUGUGAUAUGCUACUUCACUCACUUUCCUUGGACACGACUGGCCUGGCAAGCAUUAAAAAAGUACGUAGGCCUAUCGCUUCUGGGGCCAACAAAAAAGUAAUAUUUCUUAUUUAUUACAUUGGUUCCACUACCUCGUUUAUCACAGAGAUUAUUGCCGGGGGUCCUGCUGUGGAGCAACCACCAACGAUUGAUUCUCGUGAACUUGGCUCAUUUAGUUCACGAUCUACUGUCUCACUGUCUGCUGGCCAUUCGUUUGACGAAUCUUUUCUUUUAUUGUCUCCUCCCGCCUCGAUCGGAAGUCAAUCCCCUCGAUUACUGCGGCAGCAGCCAAUUGUGAGCCGCCCACAGCAGCUUUACGUUCGUAGAGCUAUUUCUCCUCCAGCUAGUAGCCACACAGGUCGGGCGUUUCCUAGUUCAAUAUUAUUGAAGCCUAAAGUCACAACAACUGGUACUAGUGACAAUCUAUUGAGAGGCCCAGUCCAUAGUUGGCUUGAAGAAAUGGAUCGUGGGAUCCGAACGAAUGCCUCUGAAGUUAGUGCCGGGCAGUUAGGUGCUUUAGCAGCAAGUGAGACAGUUCCCUCUUUCUCUACUGUUGGAAGUACUAGUGGAGGGGGGGGCGGCGGUGGUCGAUUCCGUCUGAAACACGGGCCCGUUGGACUGGUGGUGUUGCGUAACCUUAAAGGCUGGCUUCGUGAGGCGGGUGGAGGUGGAAGCGGCUCAACUACCACUUUUGCUCCCACUACUAGUGUCGAUGUGCUUUCAAGCACUGGUAGUCUUGGCCAGAGCCACUCUAUGCCAGAUGGACGCCUUGCUUCCGAGUCAACAAGAACUACCAAAGGCAAUCGACCAAAUGGCGACUCCACAGCUCAGCAGAUUUUGCUUUCUGAUCGCCUGGCUAGCGUUUUAGGUGAGUCAACAUUAUUUGAUAUACCUAGAUUAUUUGAAACAAUUGCUAUGAAAGACGCAAACACAUGA